UCCUGAACACGCUCGAUCUGCAGAAACCCCUCCACGUGCUCACCGCUUUCACCGCAGAGACAAAGAAAUACUCACAAAGAUCGUCUGCCUGCAAAUUAGAAAACUAUCUGACUCUUUCCUGCAGUUUGGUCAAGAUUGAGCUCAACUGUGGCAAUAUGGCUUCAGAAACGGAGCGCCCCUUCACCUGUGAGGACUGCGGGCUGCGCUUCACAUCUCAGGACGCGUUAAAAUCGCACGAGAAGAUGCACAGUGGAGUGGAGCACAGAUGCCACGACUGCUUCAAGGUUUUUACCCUCAAAUCUGACCUCAAAACGCACCAAGCAACUCAUGUAACCGUGAGCUUCCCCUGCAGCGAGUGCCACGAAACUUUCCCGAGUUCGCACAAGAGGAAAAUCCACGAAAUGACCCAUAAUGGAAGAUUACACAAAUGCGAGGAGUGUGGGAAGUCUUUUACGUCAAAGCACAGGCUAAAGGUCCACGAGAAACUGCACACAGGCAAGGAUCUGUACAACUGUGAUCAGUGUAGUAAAAUAUUCGUAACAGUGGCAGAGCUGAGGAGGCAUCUACUCGCUCACAGUGACGAUAAACCGUUUCCUUGCGAAGUGUGUGGGAAGGUUUUUAAACUGUUGAAACAUUUGAAGGAACACAGAGAAACUCACUCAAACACGGAAUUUCCAUGCGACAAGUGUGGUAAAAUAUUCCCUAAUAAUAAUUUUUUGGUGCAUCACAUUAGAAGAUACCACGAAGAGAGGCAGUUUGCGUGCGAAGAAUGCGGGAUGAGAUUUCGGUGGCGCAGCGAUGCGACAAAACACGCGAUGGUUCACUCCGGAGAAAAAGCCUUCGCGUGUGAUCAGUGUGGGAAGAAAUAUAAAAACGCGACUAUUUUGAAAACGCACCAGCGCAUCCACAGAGGAGAGAGGACGCAUGUUUGUGACGAGUGUGGCAAGGCGUUUUUGGAUAAAGUGGGACUACGCAGACACCAACGCUCACACAAGGACCGUCGGGAAAAGGUCAGCUUCCAGUGUGACGAGUGUGGAAAAGUUUUACUAACGAAAGUCAGCUUGGAAGACCAUAAAAGGAAGCAUGCCGGAAUUGGAUUGUUUCAUUGCGCGACGUGCGGAAAAGGCUACCCUACACGAAGCAGGUUAGAAUGCCAUGAAAGAACGCAUUCGGCUCCCUCGCACGUUUGCACCGAGUGUGGCAAAGCCUUUAAGACGCCGAGUAGACUCAAGUUGCACGUGGAAACACAUCACGAGAACAAGCGAUACAACUGCGAAUACUGCGACAAGACUUUUACCCGAACUGACUCUCUGCGCAACCAUAUAAACAUGCACACGAAAAAAACAGAGUACCCUUGCGAACAGUGCGGCAAAGUUUUUUAUUUGAGAAUGAGCUGGAAAUUGCACAUGACUUCACACGGGGAAAAGCCACACACCUGCGACCUCUGUGGCUUGGGUUUUGCUCAAAAUUCACGUCUGAACAGACAUAAAAUCACGCAUACAGACGUGAAGGAGCAUGUGUGCGACGAGUGUGGGAAGGCUUUUCAACUUCUAAGCAGUUUGAGGGACCACAAGUACACGCACGGGGAGAAGCCUCACAAAUGCAACUACUGUGAGAAGAGAUUCGAUCGUCUGUAUAAGCUGAAGAACCAUCUCGAAACGCACUCGGAAACAAGCCCACGCAAACCUUUCAUAUGUGAGAAGUGUGGUAUGUGUUUUAGAACUAUGGCGUUGUACAGAAAGCAUCACAAAAUUCACACCAAACACAAGAUCUUUCCGUGUGAGCGAUGCGGCAAGGCUUUCCUCACAGCUCGAACGCGGAGAAACCACCUGGAGUUGGACUGUAAAGGGAGGCGGACGAGCAGCGAUGAAGCAAAGAAAUCCUCCUUAACUAACUUCUCAUUAAAACGACUUGAAAUUAGACUCAGAAGAACUGACGAUGUUUCGUUGAAAACACUGGAAAUCAAACUACACCGAGUCGACGUGAAACGGUUCAAGACUGAAUGAAGCCGGAGUAGAUUUUAAAGGUCCUAUAUUACACAAAAUUGAAUGUUAUAAUUAGGGAUGGGCAUUCAGUGAAAUUGUAUUAAUUGAUUGUUGGGAGAAGUAGCGAUCGAUUAAUCAUUAACGUUUUUAAAUAAUAAGUAUCAUCAUUAUUAUUACUAUUACUAAUCUGCAUAAAUAAACUCAACUUUACAACAUAUAAACAAUAACCACUGUAGAGCCACAUCAGCCAACUCCAGUGUUUGCACUGUAUCUACGCACAGAAAUCUACAUUCAGUUUGUCGAUUAGACAUUAACGUAAUCAACGAAAUUCUUAAUGAUCAGUUAUCGAUAAGCCGACUAAUCAUGCCCAUCCCUAGUUAUAAUGUUGUUACCUCAUUAAAAAUAUACGUGGAGUUGUUUUGUUUCAUUCACACCAUGUUUGAGUAGAGAGUUUAUUAGGCUCUUAAUGCUCUGUUCCACCUUGUGAUGUCAUGUAGCGGUAGUUUUCAAGGAAAAAUCUACCCUUUUAACUAGGGAUGUAACAAUAUCCAAAUCUCACAGUAUGAAAUUUUCACAAUAUACAUCUCACGGUACAAUAUUUAUUGCGAUAUUUUGUGGAGACUAACAAAAUUGUGAAUAUGCUACUUUCUCCUCUUAAAAUGCCUGGACAAGACUUAAUCCAACUAAGACUUAAAAGUGCUUAGAACUGUUAUUUCUUCUUGUAGUUUGCACCAAAAUGGAGCAAAGGAUCAUGGUCCAUGUAGUUCCCUCUGUUUUUUUAAGCUAUUGCUGCACCAUAACAAUGAAUUUAAGCAAAGGAACUUGUGAUUCGAUAUAUUGUGAUGGUCCAUGAUAUUAUUGUGAGACUUUUGAUGAUGCGAUAUCAUGAUAAUUUGGUUAUUGUUACACCCCCUAUUUUUAACCUUUUGUUUUGUUUUGGAAGAAGUAUGAAAUUUAAAAACUCAGUGGAGCAUUUCCAGUAUGACAUCACAAGGUGGAACAGUUUAUGUGUUAAAUAUGUAAAUGAAACAAAACACAACUUCAGGUCUGUUUGUGAUGAGGACUUGUGACUAGUGCCUGGAAAAUUAUCAUCUUUAUUAUUUUUUGUUAGCCUUUUAUUGAGAUUCUUGGGUAAUUUCUUUUCCUGAAAUGAAUUUAAGUUAAAAAUGUGAGAAUUUUACUCAUAGAUAUUUUUUGUAUUUGUUUUGUAAUUGGCCACCGGUGUCCAGAUUUUUACAACCUGUCUGAUUUUUUUCUUGCAAAUGUCUUAGUGUUAAAGGUGCACUGUGUAACUUUUUGGUUGGGGGUCCGUCGCCUGCUUGUUUCUAUGGAUACGUCAUUAAAACAUUAAACAGCUCAAAACGGCUAAAAAAAAAAAAAAAAAAUGCACAGAUCCGACCUGUAACUUGGUCUGGUUUGGACUCCACGAAGAUAGAAAGGUUUAAUGCCACACUGUGAAACAUUCCAGACAAAGCAACAACAUCUUCACGGAGAAAAGCAUCUGACGGACCCUCCACCAGAAAAGUUACACAAUGCACCUUUAUUAAGAUUUGUUUUUUAAUACAUCACUAUUUUGUUUGAAAAAACAAUGCGUGACCUACUGAUCUUGUAUUUCCAGCUUACAGAUAUUUUAAUUUAUUUACACACUCAACUUUUAUAGUAUCUUGUAUUUAUUAAAUCAGGUGUUUUAAAUAGCUAAAUGUGAAUCAGCUUGCCUCUCCACAGAUCUGACAUGUAAUUUAAAUGCCAUGGAACAAGUUUUGUAGCUAUUGCUGCACCAUAACAAUGAAUUUAAGCAAAGAAACUUGUGAUUUGAUAUAUUGUGAUGGUCCACGAUAUUACAGAGAGACUUUUUGACGAUACGAUAUCACGAUAAUUCGGUUAUUGUUACACCCCUAGUUUUAACCUUUUGUUUUUUUGCAUAGUAUUUGUGUUUUGUAUGUAUGACAUCACAAAGUGGAACAGUGUGAAUGAAACAAAACACAACUCCAGGUCUGUUUGU